AUGUCUCUUCCUCUGUGCGCGUAUCCACCACCACCACCCGCCGCCCGCCGCCUUCCAAAUCCAUCCUCCUCUCCCCAAUUCCCCUCCUCCUCCCUCUCCACUCACGCCCCCUCCCCCCACUCACGCCCCCUCUGCCACUUCCGUCCCACCCGCCUCCCUAAUCGUCCCCAAUCCCUCUGCCUCACCCCCUACCUUCUCAGACAGCAGCAGCUGGUGCAGCUGAUUCACGUCCAACUCAAACACCUGGCGGAGGGAGGAAUGGGGAUGGGGAUGGGGAGAACAGGGGGGAAUGAGUGGUGCAGGGGAACAAACGCCGCUGCUCUGGGGGGCUGUGAGGAGGAGGCACCGCUGCUCUGGGGCGCCUACAGAGAGGCGCCCCUACAGAGAGGCGCCUACAGAGAGGCGCCCCUACAAAGAGGCGCCCCUAAAGAGAGGCGCCCCUACAGAGAGGCGCCUACAGAGAGGCGCCUACAGAGAGGCGCCCCUACAGAGAGGCGCCUACAGAGAGGCGCCUACAGAGAGGCGCCUAUAGAGAGGCGCCUACAGAGAGGCGCCUACAGAGAGGCGCCUACAGAGAGGCGCCUACAGAGAGGCGCCCACAGAGAGGCGCCUACAGAGAGGCGCCUACAGAGAGGUGCGCCUACAGAGAGGCGCCCCUACAGAGAGGCGCCCACAGACAGGCGCCCCUACAGAGAGGUGCGCCUACAGAGAGGCGCCCCUACAGAGAGGUGCCCACAGACAGGCGCCCCUACAGAGAGGCGCCCCUACAGAGAGGCGCCUACAGAGAGGCGCCUACAGAGAGGCGCCAACAGAGAGGCGCCUACAGAGAGGCGCCUACAGAGAGGCGCCUACAGAGAGGCGCCUACAGAGAGGCGCCUACAGAGAGGCGCCUACAGAGAGGCGCCUACAAAGAGGCGCCUACAGAGAGGCACCCCUACAGAGAGGCGCCAACAGAGAGGUGCCCCUACAGAGAGGCGCCCCUACAGAGAAGGCGCCAACAGAGAGGCGCCUACAGAGAGGCGCCUACAGAGAGGCGCCUACAGAGAGGCGCCUACAGAGAGGCGCCUACAGAGAGGCGCCUACAGAGAGGCGCCUACAGAGAGGCGCCUACAGAGAGGCGCCUACAGAGAGGCGCCUAUAGAGAAGCGCCUACAGAGAAGCGCCUACAGAGAGGCGACUACAGAUAGGCGCCUACAGAGACGCGCCUAUAGAGAAGCACCUACAGAGAGGCGCCUACAGAGAGGCGCCCCUACAGAGAGGCGCCAGCUGAAAACUGAAUACCAGCAGAUGCCGUUGAUCCGAGGCAGAGGUGUGAAGAAACAGAACGCCAUCUCCUCAUCAUCUCCCUCAUCCGCCUGA